AUGCAGCAGGCAGGCUCCGCGGUUGUGAUAGAUAACGGCUCCAGCACCGUCAAGGCGGGCUUCUCUGGCGAGGACGCACCACGAGCCGAAUUUCGCAACGUUGUCGGUCGGGGGCGCCACGCCGGGGUGUUCAAGAGUGCGACCCAGGCCCCCGUGUGGCUGGGCGAGGAGGCCUGGCAAAAGCGCGGUAUGCUCCUCCUCAAGCCGCCCGUCGAAGACGGUAUAGUCACCAACUGGGACGAUAUGGAGAAGAUCUGGAUGGACACCUUCUACGCCCAACUCGACGUGAGCCCCGAAGACCAGCCCGUCCUGCUCACCGAGGCCCCGCACAACCCGCCCGCCAACCGCGAGAAGACGGCCGAGCUCAUGUUCGAGACCUUCAGCACGCCCGCCCUGUCCAUCGAGCUCGCGGCCGUUCUAUCGCUGGCCAGCACCGCCCGCAAGACCGGAGUGGUGGUGGACGCCGGCGAGGGCUUGACCCACACGGUGCCGGUCUACGAGGGCCGCGCCGUGCGCCAGGCUGCGGCGCAACUCAACAUCGGCGGCCGACACCUGACCGACCACUUGAUCAAGCUGCUCAGCCGCUACCAGUUCAACACGCCCAGUGAGCGCCUGAUCCUGCGCGAGAUCAAGGAGCGGGUGUGUAGCGUGGCGCCCAGCGCGGCGCAUGCCGCGGACUAUCACCGGGAGAAGACCUACGAGCUGCCCGACGGCCUCGUGAUCUCGGUGGAGAGCGAACUCGUUCCUGAAGGCGCAAAACCAACAGCAUCGACCGAUCCGGUGGUGGGUAUUCAUGAAUGCGUCUACAACUCCAUCAUGAAGUGCGAUGCUGGCAUAAGGAAGGACCUCUUCGGAAGGGUCAUGCUCUCGGGCGGCUCGGCCAUGUUCCCGGGCAUGGCCGAUCGUUUGCAGCAUGAGCUGAAGGCCCUUGCACCCGACGACACGAUGGAUCUCUUCAUCGCUCCGCCCCAGAAGAACUCGGCUUGGCUGGGCGGCUCCAUCAUGGGGUCGCUCUCGACCUUCUGGCAGCGGUGCGUCCCCAGGCGCGACUACGAUGAGCACGGCCACGCAGUCGUUCACAGGAUGUGCAACUGA